UUCUAUUUUACAGAGUUUAUUAUUCAAUAAACUUUAUAUUGAGAACAGGAAAUUGUUAUUUGUGAGCUUUAAACUAAGUUUUGGCUGCACAUAGAGAAAGAACAAACUUUUAACCAUGUGUUAUGUUAUAGUAACGGGUAGAAGUUUAGCAUGGCUUUUGUUAAGUUUGGUAGCUUUUAUGUUGAUAUUAACUGGUAUUAUGACUCCUAAAUGGUUAAUGGGACAGCCUGUGGUCCUCAAUGAGAAUAAUGUUACAAGUUUUUAUGUUCCAAGCGUCGGUAUUUACAAUAGAUGCAUCCGUAUGAAAAAUGACCGUAACAACUGUGCAUCAUUCUCGUUCUAUGGACUUGCGACUGAUGCUGAAGUUUACCCGACUCCGUGGAAAGCGGCAAUGUUCUUUCUAUCACUAUGUGCAGCCAUACAAUUCGCAACAGUCCUAGCCGGCGUCAUGGCGUGUUGCGUACAAUCUGUGUUCAAGAAAAGUGUUAUCUCAUUGGCCGGAGCCACUCAAGCUUUGGGAGGUCUUUUUGGAGUACUAGGUCUACUGCUCUACCCUUGGGGAUGGGGUGCGACUCGCGUGAAGAGGCUCUGCGGUGAAAACUCCGAACCCUACAUACCUGGGGACUGUUCUAUUGGUUGGGCACUCUUCGUGACAGCUACAGGCGUUGCCCAAAUAUUCCUCGCGAGCGCUCUCUCAAAGACAGCGGACAAGGCAGCUAACUCCGAUAAGGUCCAAUUUCAAAUGGAUGAAGGCAAACAACUCAUAUGUUUAGCUUGAAAACGCAACAUUAAUUCCACGUAAUUAAGGUACAAUUUAACUGACUAGUUGUAACGUUUGAUAUACGAUUUUGCUGCUUAUUGGCAGUAUGUAUUUGUGCUGUUUUUCUUAUGAAUAAUUGACUGAUUUGAAUUAAUGAAUCUCGAAUUGUAUCCGUCUUUUUUGGACUCUAGUAUCACUGGUUUAAAGGUCAUUUUCAUACAAUAAAAGGGCCUUUUUUAUUAGAACACGAUGGUCUAUUGUCCUUGUCUAACAACAAAGCUACUAGUGGGCUACUAUAAUUUGGUAGAUUUCUCAGGCAA